AUGGCCAACGACCAGCCCAAUCGGACACCUUUCCUGACUGUCAGGAAGCUGAUACAACUCGUUAUCGAGACCCUUAGUAACGCCAAUGAGACCAAAAGUCUGGCGUUGAUAAACGCCAGGUCUGAGCUUGAUUUUGAGUUGAGUCUGGCUUCGAUAGAGCUUGUUAACUGCCAAUCCCAGCACUAUGACCGACUACGGGAAAACAUUGAUGUUUUACUUCAAAUUCUUGAUACCCUCGUCAGAGAGAACAAUGACGAUCGUCCGAAGCCGACGAAUUUUUACCAACGAAUUGACCUGGCGCUCGCGCGUGCCUCCGACUACGAAGCAGACCCGACAAAGCCUUCAUCAAUCCAACUCCCGCAGACGGUAGAAGAAUUCCGAAAUAUAGCGCAAAAGGUGUCGGCCUGGAGACAAGACUAUAAGAUUGUCAAGUCGGACCUAGAAUUAGGCAAGCACAAGGAGGAAGCGGCCGAUCAAUUCAUGGACCAAGCUUACGAGUUCUAUGACGCCAUUAUCGAGCCGCUGGAGGGGAAAAUGGCAAUCAAGGUUGCAGUCCUUGAUACCGGAGUGAAUAAAAAAGCAUUUGACUUCAGGGGGGGGCAUCGAGAACCUGGUGAUACGUCGCUGAAGGCGGUUAAAUCGUUCAUUGAAGGAGUCGAUGCUCACGAUACCUAUGGGCAUGGCACAGAUGUAGCGUCCCUGAUUUUCCAGAUGGCGCCGCACGUGGAUCUUUUUAUCGCUAAGAUUAGCGAGGGCAAAUGCACAAGUGAUUUGAGCGCAUAUGUCAAAGGUAUUCCCUCCCCUUCCCACCCUUUGAACAAGUCUGAGCUCACCAAGUUAGGCGAUCAAGUGGGCAAUGGAGCAUAA